AUGCCUUAUGGCUUCUCAUUUAUGGAUUAUUUGCGCUCACACGACCCUAAUCAUGGAGGAAUAAUUGUAUAUUUAAAGAAUGUUUUCAAAGUUAAAAAAAUAGAAUUACCAGUGGUAAAUUCCUUUGAAUCACUUGCCAUUAAAUUUCGGUGCGGUAAAAAAACGAUUCUGUUAUUGGCAGUUUAUCAACCGGAUGAGUUAAAUUCUGAUGAUUUUGCUAAAUUUUUUAAAGAUAAGGUUGACAACAUACUAGAGACGAUGCCUUGUAUCAAAGAGCCUAUUGGUUCAAACAAUCGGAUGAGUGAAUGUACUGAACUUUCAUUAUUUCAGUGCUGUUCCAGUGAUGAGAUUCGUCAAUGUUGUUCUGACUCUUGUUGUCUUGUGUUGGUCGUGCGAAAGCCGAUCAGACUCGACGGCCCAGUGAAAACAGGCCGGGGUUGUGCGAAAGCCGACAGACUGACUGACAGGCCCAGUGAAAACAGGCCCUUGGUCGUGCGAAAGCCGAUCAGACUUGACGGCCCAGUGAAAACAGGCCAAGGUUGUGCGAAAGCCGACCGACUGACUGACAGGCCCAGUGAAAACAGGCCCUUGGUCGUGCGAAAGCCGAUCAGACUUGACGGCCCAGUGAAAACAGGCCAGGGUUGUGCGAAAGCCGACCGACUGACAGACAGGCCCAGUGAAAACAGGCCUUGGGUUCUGUGA